UGUAUACUGCUCAGAGUAUUUGUUGUUUUUUUUAAUACCAUGUUGUCCUGCUGGGCACCCCAGGAAUGAGCAGCAUAGGUUGGAUGAUGCCGGGUGGGGUAUGUUGUGGGGGUUUGCCAGAGUGCAUGCAGUGUAAGCGUCAAUGACGAAGAUGCCGAUCGGAUGAGUAAAGUUCAUUCUUGUUUUGGCAAGACACGAUGUUCCUCAAGCCACGGAGGCGGGACAGCGCCAACAUGUUUCUUCAUGUCACACAAACACCGAAUUGUCCCUAGUGUACGUGUGUGUGUGUGUGUGAGAGAGAGAGUGCAAAGUCCGCAGAUGUGCAAUCUAGCUGCGCCAUUUUCACGCCAUCAGCGCCCAGACGAGCAUGUUGACCAAAGCUGCGACGGGGUUCGGCCGCCGGUGGCUCCGGGCCACCGCGGCGAAGACGAUGGCCACGGCUCCGGAGCCGUCGUCUACCUGCAGCGGCGCGAUGGCCGACGUCGGCGGCGGCCCCAAAAGCAUGGACGAGCUGGGCGGACCGAGCUUCCUGACCACACUCUACUGGCUCUUUGUGAAGAAAUACUUCAACACCACGCAGCAGAUGCAAUGAAACAUGUUCACUGGUGUUUGCAGAUCGAGCACAAGAGGAUCUACGGCCCCCUGUGGAAGUCCAAAUACGGCCCCUUGGUGGUGGUGAACGUGGCCAGCGCCGAGCUCAUCGAGCAGGUGCUGAGGCAGGAAGGACGACUCCCGGUCCGCACUGACAUGCCACACUGGAGGGCCUACAGGGAGCUCCGCAAUCAAGCCCACGGGCCGCUCUCCGAGAUGGGAGCCAACUGGCAACGCAUUCGCAGCAUCCUGAACCCCCGCAUGCUGAAGCCCAAGCACGUCUCCUCCUAUGCCGACAGAGUCAACGAGGUGGUGGCCGACUUUGUGGAGCGAGUACGCUGGCUGAGGGAGACCACCGGCGGCGGCGUCAUGGUCCACAACGUGACGGAAGAACUCUACAAGUUUGCAUUUGAAGGCAUCUGCUCCGUGCUGUUUGAGACCCGAAUGGGCUGCAUGAACAAGGACGUGCCAGAGGAGACGCAGAAGUUCAUCUUCUCCGUGGGGGAAAUGUUCCGCCUGUCUCCCAUCAUUGUCCUCUUCCCCAAGUGGCAGUGGCCCUACCUGCCCUUCUGGACCAAGUUUGUGGCCGUCUGGGAUCACCUCUUUAAAGUUGCCGAGGAGUUGGUGCAGAAGAAGGUGGAGGAGCUCCAGCACGAGGAGCAGUUGGAGCGUAACGUUGAGGGUGCCUACCUGACUCACCUCCUCCUCAGCAAGCAGAUGGACAUCACGGAGAUCCUGGGAAGCAUCACGGAGCUCCUCCUGGCGGGCGUGGACACCACAUCCAACACCAUCUCCUGGGCUUUGUACCACCUGGCCAGGGAGCCGGACAUCCAGGAAAAGCUUUACCAGGAAGUGAUCCGCGCUUGUCCCGCGCAUAGGAUGCCCAACAGCGACGACAUCGCUCGGAUGCCCUUCCUGAAAGCCGUCAUCAGGGAGACGCUGCGGCUGUAUCCUGUCGUACCGGGGAACGCUCGCCUCACUGUGGAAGACGACAUCGUGGUGGGAGAUCAUCUCUUCCCGAAAGGGACUCUCUUCCACCUGUGUCACUACGCCGUCUCCUUCGACGACAGCGUCUUCCCCGAUCCGCGCUGCUUCCUGCCGCAGCGAUGGCUCCGCGGCACCGAGGAGAAGGCCACGCAGCACCCGUUUGGAUCGGUGCCGUUCGGCUUCGGCAUCCGAGCGUGUCUGGGUCGGCGGGUGGCCGAGCUGGAGAUGUACCUGCUGCUGUCCACGCUCAUAAGACACUUUGAGGUGAGGCCGGACCCGUCCGGUGCCGCCGUCACGCCGAUCACCAGAACCCUCCUCUGCCCGGCCAAACCUAUCAACUUGCAGUUUGUGGACCGCUGAGUCUAGCGCGGUGGGCGGGGUCUCUUGAAGACUUCCUGUUGCCAUAGUCGGCAUAAGCACACACUUGCUGAUUUUAAUCACAAUAUAUUUGAUAUUAGAUAUUUAUAAUGAAAGAACUGUGAGAUGUAUCUGACCAAUCACUAAUUGACUGACGCCAGUAAAGUUAUGUUGGGGGCCAUUUUUGGGCCGCACCAUGUUGUAUAUUAAUUUUAAAAUGAACUCUUUAUUCAUGAAAUAUGUUGGAUAUUACACCCUUUUCCUUUGCCACCACUAACACAAAGUUAAGAUGAUUAGAAGAUCCUGACCUACCUAUUGAUUUUAGCAUCUUUCAUGCAUAAAAUGUAUCAAAGUGUCUCCGCAUCCUCCAGUUUCUUUGGCAUAGACACUCUGUCUUACACUUUGUCCUAUUGAAUGUAAAAUCAUGUCGUAAAAAAGUUAUUUUUCUGUGUGAAACCACAUAGCUGUUUAGCACUUAUUAUUUGUAUUGGCCUUCUUGACAACUGUCUCCCUCUUGUGGGCGUGGACGGCACUGCUCUAAGACUCUUUGAAAAACCUCCGCCGUGAUUGGUAAAGCUUGACAUCAGGAAGUAGUUUGUUUUCAGUUGUUUGUUUCAGUUUGAUGGACAGCCAGUCAGCCAAUCAGGAUACAGUUUGUAAAAGUGGGGGCUUUAACGUCAUUAAAAAAGUCAUUCACGUUUUAAAAAAA